AUGGUUCGGUCUUCUCCGUUCAAGAGCAAUGGCUUUGAAAGGUAUGAAUUUUUUCGUGAUGCUUUAGGCUACCGGGGUCGGCUGCAGCGGCGGCGGAAGGCCAGCCGGCUCGGCGGCGAGCGAUCCAGCCAGGGCGUCUCCGCGAAACCCUCGGAUUCUUCUGGUGCUCCCCCUCCGAUUGAGCUUAGAUUGAAAGAGGCCGGGAUUUCAGAAACCCUUCACUGCGAAGGCGCUCGAGUUUUGAUUGACUGCUCUGGUAUCGAUGAAGUCCCUAUCAAACGUCAGGCAGCUGCUUUCGUAACCAAGCGCCCCUCCUCGCCAGUUGAGCGCGGUAAAUCUCGCGGUGGCGACUCAAUUAAUUCGGCCGCGGCGGCGCCCGCGGGGGCUAUUCGCGUCGACGCGCCGAGAGUUACGGUGGCCGCGGCAACCGCCCCGCCGCCGCCUCCUCCGCCGUCGCCACCUCCGCCGCCGCCGCCUCCGCCGCCGCCGCCGCCGCUGCAGCCUCCGCCGCUACCUACGCCGCCACGUCCGUCGCGGGAGCUGAUCAAGGCGGCCAUCUUGGACAACGACUUCAUGAAGAACCUGGAGAUCACGCAGAUCCGCGAAAUCGUGGACUGCAUGUACCCGGUGGAGUACGCGGCGGGCGCGCUCAUCAUCAAGGAGGGCGACGUCGGUUCCAUCGUGUACGUCAUGGAAGUUUUUAUUUGUUCUCUUUACAAGGAGAAGCGUAUUUCGGAGGAUGAAUCGUAA